AACCGAGUAAAAGGUUUCCCCUUAGAUCCGUACCCUUCACUCCCAAUACGACGAAAGUGAGUCCAAACGACACCGUGUAGGACCUCAUUUCGGGGCUGGCUGUUCUUCCCCGUUAAGAAUCCGUGAUUUCGUACAUGAAAAUUUUCGAAUCUAGAAUUACUACUAUAAUCCGAAAGCUGCAAAAAUUUCACCGAUAAUCGAUAAUUCGAGAAGACUUCAGGUUGAUCCCAAUGAGGGAAGCUGAAAGGUGCAGAAAUGGAGAAUCAAGGACACCGUUGGUGGCACAAAAUGAUGGUCUGAGAUAUGAUGGGCUUAUUCCUCAAUUAUUUACCUCUUUACCAGCUCUAAAUGAAGCUGCUUCUUAUCUUGCACAAACAACUACUUACUUAACUGGUUGUUUUUCUGAUUAUUCUGUGGAACCUUCUGCUAGAGAUUCGAGGGAUUCCAUUGUACAUGCACAAGAAUUAGUAACAUUUUCUUCUGGACAGACCGAGGAAUCUGUGAUUAGUGAUCAUCCAUUUUCAAGAGGAAGCAGCUCAACAUUGUCUGAAUCCUCUAGUCAUGCAACUACUGCCCCCGCUAACCAUGUUGGUGUAGCAAGGGCCUCUGCCAGGGAUCCAUCUGAAAAUACUGAUGCGAUAGUACAAUCAAAUCACACUGGGCAAAAUGGGAUUUCCAUUUUUCAAGGGCUUAUUGAAAGAGCACGGAGAACUGUUCGUGGAUCUGCAGAUGAUAUAGGAUGGUUGAAGCGUGAUCCCGAGAUGCCUUCAGUUGAAGAUGGAACUGAGAGGUUUAUAGAAAUUCUAGACAAUAUUAGGCAUGGUCUGCACAAACUGCCAAGCUCGGUGGUUUAUUUAUUGGUUCCAGGUCUUUUCAGCAACCAUGGGCCUCUUUACUUUGUCAGUACAAAAACAAGUUUCUCAAAGAUGGGUCUGACUUGUCAUAUUGCCAAAAUUCACAGUGAGGCUUCAGUUGAGAAAAAUGCGAAGGAGAUAAAAGAUUACAUUGAGGAAAUUUAUUGGGGUUCCAAGAAACGCGUCAUGAUUCUUGGACAUAGCAAAGGUGGAGUAGAUGCAGCGGCUGCUUUAUCUAUGCAUUGGUCUGACUUGAAAGAUAAGGUUGCUGGGUUGGUAUUAGCACAGAGUCCGUAUGGUGGAAGCCCUGUAGCUUCAGAUAUCUUGAGAGAAGGACAGCUUGGUGAUUACGUUAAUCUACGGAAACUUAUGGAGAUUAUAAUUUGUAAAGUGCUUAAGGGGGACAUGCAAGCUUUGGAAGACUUGACUUAUGAGAGGAGGAAGGAAUUUUUGAAGAAACAUCGUUUACCGAGUGAGCUUCCCGUUGUCUCUUUCCAUACCGAAGCUGGCAUUAAUCCUGCUGUUCUGGCAACAUUAUCUCAUGUUGCUCAUGCGGAGCUACCAUUGAUGGCUCCCCUCUCUGCUGGCCAGCCUGCAAGAUUGCCUGUGGUCAUACCCCUCAGUGCUGCAAUGGCUGCAUGUGCCCAGUUGCUGCAAGUCAGGUAUGGUGAAAAGAGCGACGGGCUUGUGGCACGCUGUGACGCAGAAGCCCCAGGAUCUGUCGUGGUGCGACCAAAACGAAAGUUAGAGCAUGCCUGGAUGGUUUAUUCAUUAUUGAACGAUGACCCUUCCGAAGCAGAUGCAACGCAAGUGUGCGAGGCUCUUCUGACAUUACUCGUGGAAGUUGGGCAUCAAAAACGACAUGAACUCUCAAUGAAAGAUGAAUGACAUCAAUGGGCUCAGCUCGUUGUCACGCUUGGUUGUAAUUCUUUGGCCAUACGACUUCAGUGACUUGAUUCAAAUCUGAUAUUUGAUGUGUAUAUAGCUGAAAGUUAGGCAGACUGUGUGCCCAAUUUGUAAACACAGAAAAGGUAUGACAAUAAUCAAAAUGUACACGAAAUUGUUUUAUAUAGCUGAACUUUCUCAAUUAUCAAGAGCUAAGUUCUUUAAA